CGGGGCAGGGGUCCGGGGACCGUGUCCUAGCCCGGCCGGAGUCGGCCCGCCCCGAGUGCAGGAUGCAGCAUCCUCUGGAACUGGGCGCCGCGCACUACUUCCCAGCCGAAGCCUUUCCGGACCACCGCUCCCACCGCUAUCGGAGCUUCAUGAUCGAGGAGAUCCUCACCGACCAUCCCGACCCUAAGAGCUCCGCGCCAGUAGCCGGCGAGCUGCUCAAGUUCGGCGUGCAGGCACUGCUGUCCGCCCGGCCCUACCACAGCCACCUGGCGGUGUUGAAGGCGGAGCAGGCGGCGGUGUUUAAGUUUCCUCUGGCCCCGCUGGGCUGCUCGGGCCUGGGCUCGGCCCUCCUGGCGGCGGGUUCGGGGCUGCAGGGGGGCUCGGCCUCCCCCCACCUCCCCCUGGAGCUGCACCUCCGCGGCAAGCUGGAGGCGGCCCCGCCGGAGCCGGGCGCCAAGGCCAAGAAGGGGAGGAGGAGCCGCACGGUCUUCACCGAGCUGCAGCUCAUGGGGCUGGAGAAGCGCUUCGAGAAGCAGAAGUAUCUCUCCACUCCCGACAGAAUAGACCUCGCCGAAUCGCUGGGACUCAGCCAGCUGCAGGUGAAGACGUGGUACCAGAACCGGCGGAUGAAGUGGAAGAAAAUAGUGUUACAGGGCGGCGGGCUCGAGUCACCCACCAAACCGAAGGGCCGUCCCAAGAAAAACUCCAUCCCCACCAGCGAACAGCUGACAGAGCAGGAGCGGGCCAAAGAGGCGGAGAAGCAGGCGGAGGGCCUGAGCUCGCCCUGCGAAGUCAGCCAGGAAGAGUGAGUCGGCGGCGGGGAGGAUCCAGCCCAGCCCAGCCCAGCCCAGCC